GUCAAUUAACCCGUCGCAAAAGAAGGGAGAAACCUUGGUGUACUGUACGAGCUGAGUGAAACUCUCUCACUUUGACUUGAGCCACCAAGGAUUUUCCGGCAUCAUGGCCAAAGUCAUCUUCACUCCGUGGAAGGAGCAAUCCCAAUUACUGGUGGUGCGGAAUCAAUUCUACCCUCCGCCGCUAUACGAUGGGCCCGACAUGCGAUCCAGGGCCUGCGCCACAGUUAGCGCAUGGAAGUUGCGAGGCAACCUCCCCCAUCCCGUCGAGGCGACCGCCUUGUUAACGGAUGCGAUUCUCCAUGAUGAUGCGCAGAAGAACUCCAUCUUCUCUAUUCGCGCGACCUAUGCGGCUGCUUUUUGUCGCUUCGUAACGGGCCUCGUCGACUCCAAGCUCGGCGGUGUCCGCCGGACCAUGUUCCAGCGCGCCCUGGACCUGGGGCUCCCCGCCUCGUUCGUGGAGCUGCGGCACGAGGCCACGCACCGCGAGCUCCCGUCGCUGACGGUGCUGCGCAACGCGUCGCAGCGGUCCCUGGAGUGGCUGUGGGAUUAUUACUGGGUCAAGACCGAGGCGUCUGUUCCGGGCUUGGGGGUUGUAAGAGCCCCUGUUAGUGGAGUGCCAGAGAAGCUUAUUGCGGAAGGGGAAGGCGCCGAGCCAGAAGAAGAGGAGGAAGCUGAUCUCGAGCCGCUCAAGUCGGCGUUUCGGGACACUCUGGAGCAGAUUGUCGCGGAUGGAGAGCAGCAGCAGCAACCUCCGCGGAAGAAACGCAAGGUCCAGCAGCAUUUGAAUGCCGUUGCCGGUGAGGUGGUGUCGACGUGUCGGUCGUCGGGGCGCGGGGUGGCCGCUUUAGCGAGUGUGCUGGUGCAGGAUUCGUUGUUGGUUCCGGGAGGGAGGAGGAUGGGAGAGGCAAUGGCUGCUCAGUUCGACAGAUGGGAUCCGUUAUUGCAGAUGGUUGCAGAUGCGCAGCCUACGUUUCUGUCGAGUCUAACGGAGGAGCUAGCGAAUGCGCUGGCGUUCACGACGCGGCCGGAUCAGGCGAAGACGGAUCCCCGCUGUGAGGGUGCCUAUUUGUGGCUGGACCACAUCUUGGGUUCGGCGCAGUGGGAGUCGCGGAGACGGCUGGUCUCGUAUGCGUAUAUGCUGGCGGUGUGUGAGCAAGUUGCGAACCAUUGGACGGAUCUGCUGAAGGAGAGGCUGGCGGAGAGACAGAACGAGGCAGCGCCGUCGGCUGAUGGCGAGGGCUCAGGGCGCAUGACGAGGUCUGCUGCGACGACGCGGAAGCUGGUGCACAACCAGGAUGUUUUGUACUCGUUGAAGAGGUCUGGCAUCAAAGCCAUGCAUAUCCAAUCGAUUCCGAUGUGGACCGGGAAGGGCAACAAUUAUGCCUACCUGGUCACCGACGAGCCCACCAAGCAGUCGGUCAUCAUCGACCCGGCCAAUCCGCCCGAGGUGACCCCCGAACUAGAAUCGCAGAUCAAAGCCGGCAAGAUCGAUCUCACGGCGAUCGUCAACACUCACCACCACUGGGACCAUGCCGGCGGCAACAACGAGCUGCUCAAAACCUUCGGCAAGCUGACCGUCAUCGGCGGCAAGGACUGCCAGUCCGUGACGCAGACGCCCGCGCACGGCGAGACCUUCCGUAUCGGCGAGCGCAUCGCCGUCACGGCCCUGCACACGCCCUGUCACACGCAGGAUAGCAUCUGCUAUUUCAUGCAGGAUGGGGAGCAGAAGGUCGUGUUUACGGGGGAUACGUUGUUCAUUGGGGGAUGUGGUAGGUUCUUCGAGGGGACCGCCCCGGAGAUGCAUAAGGCGUUGAAUGAGACGCUAGCGGCUUUGCCGGAUGAUACGAAGGUUUAUCCGGGACAUGAAUACACCAAGGCCAACGUCAAGUUCUGUCUGGCGGUGUCGCAGUCCGAGCCGAUCAAGCGACUGGAGGCGUUUGCGGAGGCGAAUCAGGAGACGCAGGGGAAGUUCACGAUUGGGGAUGAGAAGCUGCACAAUGUUUUCAUGCGCGUCAAUGACCCUGAAAUCCAGAAGAAGACUGGCAAGACGGACCCGGUGGAGGUGAUGGCGGCGUUGCGGGAGAUGAAGAAUGCCAUGUAGGGUGGUGGUGGUGUGUCUGAGUGCGGUGUAUCAGUAUAUCCUAGGAAAAUGGAUGGGCGAUGUAUAACGGGUGACGGAUGUAGCGUAUGGUUGACAGGUGGAAAGUGGAAGCAUUGGACUGUUUCAUACUAGUAACUAUUUUCAAGACUGCUUGCUGUCACUCUGGCUGGUUCUUAUCUUCUACCCUUC